GUUAUCGGGAUCCGGCGGCUUCGUUAGGCAGCUGCAUGCGAACAGCAGGAUGUAGCUGCAGCUGUCGGAACAAGUUUCAUCACUCAUCUGAUCUAUAACGAUUACUUUUCAUUAGAAACCAGCCUGCAGGUGGAGUUGCGCCACCUGCGUGCAGCUCGUGCGCAAACCCCAACCCUGCGGGUAUCAACUUUUUCUUUAGUUUCAGACUUAUUUGUGUGACCACUUUCGUCUGUAGAAGUAAAGAGGAGGUUAACUAUGCAAUAUUUCAGUUUGGAAGAAACCUUUUCUGAGGCCUCCCGGACGGAGCCGUGUCGUGGAGGCGGUUAAUUGGCCCAUUCGGAGCGUUGAAGUGAAACUGGAGGACAGAAACCAUGCUGCGACAAAAGGUGUGGAAACCUAGAUUGGAGAUCUGUGGUGCGAACCCAUGUGAAUGUGACAUAAAGAGUUGGGUUGGCUGUAGAUUGCUGAAGAAGCGCGCGCUGGUGAGCUCCGCUGGGAACCAGAGAGGAGCUGAGAGACGGAUACUCCCUGCCUCAGGACACACCCUCCACGCUCCUCUCUCUCCCUCUCAUUGUUUCCCACACUGACUCUGUCGCCGCCAGGCUCCGGGAUCGGGUUCACGUAUCCAACGAGCCGGUGUGGAUGAGAAGACUCCAGAAGCGCAAACCGUUCCCCCGAAGAGACGCAACUUUUCUCGCUUUGCGGAACCUUUACGCGCGUGCACUUUUUAAUUUUGGUUUAUUUUCUGAAUGUGGCUCAAGCUUGAAGACAAGACGGUAGAUGAAGAGAGAAUGUGUCAUCUAAUUGGGAUGAGAGCUCAAGUCAAGUGAGCCGGCAGAUUGGACCCUGAAAUCCUCUUAACGCAGGUGGUGGCAGGAACAAAGUGCAAAGGGAGCGUGUUUACAUAUGAAGUGCGUGGGUUUGUGUGCAUGCAUCCUUCUUGGAUAAAUCUUGCCCGGACACUGCAGCGAGAGAGGGAGGGAGAGAGGAGGGGGAUCAGGUGCGCGCCUGUGUGGGUGGGUUUGUUAGGAGGGGUAUCUGGGGACUUCGCUGAUGUCGAAGCGAUGAGGAAGUUGCUUUGCGGGAGUUUGACCGUUUGAGUCCGGCGAGGAGGAGAAGAAGAGGAGGAAAGGAGGAGGAAAAGGAGGAAGGGUGUCACCACCAUAGGAGCGCACAGCCUGGCCCCCAAAAUCCCCGAUGGAUACAAGAGCGCACAAGAGAACUCCCAUGGAGCCCAGAGGCAUGGAUCCAAACAUGAGGUCCAAGCGGCACCGGGGACACCUCCACCUGCAGCGGGCUCUGGUGUUUCUCCUGACUCUCACAGUGCAACCACAGGACGUCUGCGCUGUGGGGAUGUUUGAGCUUCAGAUCUGUCACUUCCAGAACCCACACGGACUCCUGCAGACUGGAGACUGCUGCGACCUGCAGACCAGCGGGGGACAGCGCUGCUCUGCCAGGGACCAAUGUGACACUUAUUUCCAAGCCUGCCUGAAGGAGUAUCAGGCCCGCGUGGCUCCUACCGGAUCCUGCACGUUCGGGUCAGGCAGCACCGGCGUCCUGGGUGGAAACUCCCAGUCGCUCCGCCACAGAGGAUAUGAUGGAGGAGGAGAGGAUGGGACUAAUGGAAACAUUGUGAUUCCCUUCAAAUACGCCUGGCCAAAAUCUUUCUCUCUGGUGUUGGAGGUUCUGGAUUAUGACAAUGACACAUCUGAAACAGGUCAGCUGAUCGAACAGGUCCUGCUGUCCUCCAUGCUGAACCCAGGUGAGCAGUGGCAGACGUAUCGUCACCACGGACGCAUUCUCAGCCUGGAGUACCGGCUUCGCUUUCGCUGUGACUCCAAUUACUUCGGUCCUUUCUGCAGCAAGUUCUGCCGGAACCGAGAUGACUUCUUUGGUCACUUUAGCUGUGACCCGAGUGGCACAAAGGUCUGCAUGGAGGGCUGGACCGGACCAGAGUGCAAAGACGCCGUGUGCAGACAGGGGUGUCAUCAAACCCACGGCUAUUGUACAGAACCUGGAGAAUGCAAGUGUUACUACGGCUGGGCCGGUGCUCUGUGUGAUGAGUGUGCGACGUUCCCUGGCUGUGUGUAUGGGAGCUGCACUGAGCCGUGGCAGUGUGUGUGUGACGUCAACUGGGGAGGACUUCUAUGUGACAAAGAUCUAAACUACUGUGGCACCCAUCAGCCCUGUAAAAACGGUGGGACCUGCACCAACACGGAGCCAAACGAGUACCAGUGUGACUGCCAGGAGGGCUUUAGAGGACGCAACUGUGACAUUGUGGAGCAUGCGUGUUUGUCAUCUCCGUGUAUGAACGGAGCCACCUGUGAAGAAAACCAGACAAGCUUCAGCUGCAUCUGCGCCGAAGGCUGGACUGGAAACACCUGCACAGAUGUGGUGAGGCAGUGUGAUCGCAACCCUUGUGGACCUGGAGCGACUUGUGAGGAGGUUCCAGGAAGUUUCAGGUGCCUCUGUCAGCCGGGGUGGACCGGCAGGACGUGCCAACUAGAUGCUAAUGAGUGUGAAACGAGUAUAUGUGUCCACGCCCGCUCCUGUCGUAACCUGAUCGGUGGAUACCUGUGUGAUUGCCUCCCUGGAUGGACCGGCUCGAACUGUGACAUCAGGAACAGCAGCUGUCAGGGCAUGUGUUUGAAUGGCGGACGCUGUGAGGACCAGUUGUCAGGGCCGCGAUGCCUGUGUCCAACCGGAUUCUCUGGGAAGUUUUGCCAGAAUGGUUUGAGUCCAUGUGACAGCUCCCUGUGUCUCCAUGGAGGACAGUGUGUGGAGAAGAACGGAAGGACGGUCGUCUGUAACUGUUCAGAGGGAUAUUCAGGACUCCUCUGUGAGAUAGCUUCAGAUCUGUGCGAUCCCAACCCCUGCCAGCAGGGGAUGCAGUGUCACAUCACAGAAGACUCAUACAAAUGUGCAUGUCCCGAUGGUUACUAUGGCAACGACUGUGUGAGCCUCAGAAGUCCUUGCAUUGGUCAACAUUGUUCAGCUGAAGGUGCCAUGUCUGACGCCACACACUGGGGUCUCAGCUUCUACAUGAUCCUGGUGGGAAUCUUAGCCCUCCUGACCAUCUGUGGCUGCAUCGUCUGUCUGGUCAUCCUUUCCCACCUUCAUCGGAAGAGGAAAAUGCAGCAGGCGGUCCCGCAGGAAGAAGGCAUCAACAACCAGAGGGAGUUUGUCAACCUGAUCAGGAAUGUGGAGCGUCCUGUUCCCCCUCUGCCUGUAGCAGUGCCCCUCACUCACCCAUCAGCCCCCACCCCGGUCUCACGUUGCUUUGAGGAGAUUGAACUGACCCUGCCGCCUUCCCCGGCUCCCUCACACUCCUCCCCUGCACUGAAGCCAGCACAUGCCCCCAAACAAGACAUUUCAAACCGAGAAAGGGAGAAACUGAACCGUUUUCACUACACAGACAAUCAGGAACUAGAAGUUUGACUACUCUUUGGACUUCUCAGUCCCUCGGGAGCCUUGCUGAAUUUAUUUUGAGUUUUUAGCACUUUUCUGUUGACAGUCUUCAUAUCUGGCUAUUAUGUCAGAGUUGCGGGUAUGAUCACUGGGAAGACCUUCAUUAGCUCAGAUGAUCACCAGCUGACACUCGAGGAACAAAUGCUGCUAAAAUCUGACUGUGUCAUCAUCGUUGGGCGAAUUUUGGUAGCCGUAUGAAGAAGAACUGAAAGAUUUAAUCAGAGCAUUUGAAGGCAUGCCUUGGCUUGGGGGGGGGGGGCUGCAACUAAGCUCUGCAGGGGUCCUUCAAUGUGUGUCCAGCUCCAGUGUGCAGAACUCCCAUCAUUAGUGUUUCUGAUGGAACUAUGACUAACAGAAACAUCAGUGAAUGGAUGCCUGUUUAGCACUAAGUGAUCUUUGUGUGUUUGUGAGUGUGCGUGAGUGUGAAUGUAAGAAUGUAAAUUAUGAGUGCAUGUGGGGGAAAGAAGGGAAGAAACUUGUUACUUAAAUAAAAUAAAGUUGAAAGGAGAUUCUGCUCCACAAUUAAAAGCUUUCGGGCAGUCUGUUUUUAAACUACACACUGUUGCCUGUAUUGUUUGUGUAAUACUGCAGUUUGUCAAAGAUGUAUGAUGUUGUCUUUUCAUACCUGCAUGUAAAAUUGCUUUUUUGUACAUAAAUAGCUUGUACAUAUUGAUGCUCUUUUUGUACCGUGGUCCAAUAUGGAAGUAUGACUGUAUUACUUUGCUUUGUUUGUACCUUUUCACUUUCCAUUUGGAGGAAUCUGCACAUGUGCAUUGUAAUAAAAAUGCAUUUACCAA